ACCACUCACCUUGCGCUCAGAGAAGCCACAUUUAAAAGGUCGUGCCGGGCCCGGCUUUCGCAGGCAGUGGGACCAGAGUCGGGACGCGCGGCGGUGUCCCGGGAAAGCGGCCCUGGGGGUAUCCGGGUCCCCUCGAGGCGGGCUCCGGACGUCGUCGUGGGCGGGGCCGAGGGCGGGGCCUGGCCUCGUUGUGGAGCCGCUCGUAAUCCAUCAUGGCGGCCGCGGGGGUCGGUGUCUGUGCCUGAGCAGCGCUGGAGCCGGAGCCGGUUCCCGGGUGCUGCGACUGAGGAGCCCCUCCGCUGUCCACGGCCCUACCGGCGGGGGGCGGCUGAGUCCCUCGGCGGAGCUCUGGGGAUGUGACUGCCUGAGGGCGGUAGUGGUGUCAGCGUCCGGGGCCGGGGGAGAGGGUGUCUCAGGCAGAGACCCCUGGGCUUGGGGCAGCUGAGGCGGCCGGGCCUCCUCUACACGGCGCCCGCCUUCCGCUGUCUGGGCCGCCAGAGUAUUUCGUCCCUUACAGCUGCGCCCCGGCUUUGGGACACUGGCGGUGGUCUGUUUCCCCCAGCUUGGGACACCCCGUUUUCCGAGGCGUGGAAGAGCGUCGCCCUGGAGUAAGCCGCCCGUGCCGCGCCCCGGCAGUCUCCCUCAGCCCCGAGCCGCCCCUUGUUCCGGAUCCCGGCCCCAACUUUGGCCACAGGGCCCCUCAUUCAAAUCCCUCCCUGCUGUCAAGGGGUCUCCCCUUCCCCCAAGGUGGCUCCCGCGAGCCUCUAAUGCCCUGACUUCUUCCAAUGUCACCUACGGCCCCCUUAGUCUCAGCUCAGCCAAAAACUUUAAUGCAAAGGAAAAGUCUGGAUUGGUUCCACAGGCCUUUUAAAAAGCGGACUUAAAAGUUGCUGGCAAUGCAUUCCUUUUCGUCAGAGUCGAGGGCAAACUCGCUGAAAUCUGGGUGACCCGUGUCCUUUUCCGGAGAGCAGAGCAGAGGAGCGAGAGCGGCCACUAGUUCGGCAGGAAAUUUGUUGGAAGAUGAAGAAGCUAAGAUAGGGGGUUGGUGACUUCCACAGGAAAAGUUCUGGAGGAGUAGCCAAAGACGAUCAGCGUUUCCUUUAUAUGUGGGAAUUGAAAUGGCUAGCAUUAUUGACCCUUUUCAGCAUUCCCUGUGAAUAUUUCUGCUUAGGUUUUUCUUCUUGAAAAGAAAUUGUUAUUCAGCCCGUUAAAAAAAAAUCAAGAAACUUUUGGGUAGCACUGCAAUUAUAUUACUUAAAAUUGGUAACUGCGAAAAUAAUUGGAACUCCUGCUUGCAAGUGUCAACCUAAAAAAAAGUGCUUCCUUUUGUUAUGGAAGAUGUCUUUCUCUGAUUGACUUCAAUUGCUGACUUGUGGAGAUGCAGCGAAUGUGAAAUCCUACGUAUAUGCCAUUUGCCUCUACGCUCUCUGACUGUUCUGGAAGAUCGUGAACCCUCUUCUGGAAAGGGGUACCCAUUAUUACUUUAUGGGGCAGCAGCCUGGAAAAGUUCUUGGGGACCAAAGAAGGCCAAGCUUGCCUGCCCUGCAUUUUAUCAAAGGAGCAGGGAAGAAGGAAUCAUCGAGGCAUGGGGGUCCACACUGCAAUGUUUUUGUGGAACAUGAAGCCCUUCAGCGGCCAGUAGCAUCUGACUUUGAGCCUCAGGGUCUAAGUGAAGCCGCUCGUUGGAACUCCAAGGAAAACCUUCUCGCUGGACCCAGUGAAAAUGACCCCAACCUUUUCGUUGCACUGUAUGAUUUUGUGGCCAGUGGAGAUAACACUCUAAGCAUAACUAAAGGUGAAAAGCUCCGCGUCUUAGGCUAUAAUCACAAUGGGGAAUGGUGUGAAGCCCAAACCAAAAAUGGCCAAGGCUGGGUCCCAAGCAACUACAUCACGCCAGUCAACAGUCUGGAGAAACACUCCUGGUACCAUGGGCCUGUGUCCCGCAAUGCCGCUGAGUAUCUGCUGAGCAGCGGGAUCAAUGGCAGCUUCUUGGUGCGGGAGAGUGAGAGCAGUCCUGGCCAGAGGUCCAUCUCGCUGAGAUACGAAGGGAGGGUGUACCAUUACAGGAUCAACACUGCUUCUGAUGGCAAGCUCUACGUCUCCUCCGAGAGCCGCUUCAACACCCUGGCCGAGUUGGUUCAUCAUCAUUCGACAGUGGCCGACGGGCUCAUCACCACGCUCCAUUAUCCAGCCCCCAAGCGCAACAAGCCCACCGUCUACGGUGUGUCCCCCAACUAUGACAAGUGGGAGAUGGAACGCACGGACAUCACCAUGAAGCACAAGCUGGGCGGGGGCCAGUACGGGGAGGUGUACGAGGGUGUGUGGAAGAAAUACAGCCUGACGGUGGCCGUGAAGACCUUGAAGGAGGACACCAUGGAGGUGGAAGAGUUCUUGAAAGAAGCUGCAGUCAUGAAAGAGAUCAAACACCCUAACCUGGUACAGCUCCUUGGGGUCUGCACCCGGGAGCCCCCGUUCUAUAUCAUCACCGAGUUCAUGACCUACGGGAACCUGCUGGACUACCUGAGGGAGUGCAACCGGCAGGAGGUGAAUGCUGUGGUGCUACUGUACAUGGCCACUCAGAUCUCGUCAGCCAUGGAGUACCUGGAGAAGAAAAACUUCAUCCACAGAGAUCUUGCUGCCCGAAACUGCCUGGUAGGGGAGAACCACUUGGUGAAGGUAGCUGAUUUUGGCCUGAGCAGGUUGAUGACAGGGGACACCUACACAGCCCAUGCCGGAGCCAAGUUCCCCAUCAAAUGGACUGCACCCGAGAGCCUGGCCUACAACAAGUUCUCCAUCAAGUCCGACGUCUGGGCAUUUGGAGUAUUGCUUUGGGAAAUUGCUACCUAUGGCAUGUCCCCUUACCCGGGAAUUGACCUGUCCCAGGUGUAUGAGCUGCUGGAGAAGGACUACCGCAUGGAGCGCCCAGAAGGCUGCCCAGAGAAGGUCUAUGAACUCAUGCGAGCAUGUUGGCAGUGGAAUCCCUCUGACCGGCCCUCCUUUGCUGAAAUCCACCAAGCCUUUGAAACAAUGUUCCAGGAAUCCAGUAUCUCAGACGAAGUGGAAAAGGAGCUGGGGAAACAAGGCAUCCGUGGGGCUGUGAGUACCUUGCUGCAGGCCCCAGAGCUGCCCACCAAGACGAGGACCUCCAGGAGAGCUGCGGAGCACAGAGACGCCACCGACGUGCCUGAGAUGCCUCACUCCAAGGGCCAGGGAGAGAGCGAGCCUCUGGACCAUGAGCCUGCCGUGUCUCCAUUGCUCCCUCGAAAAGAGCGAGGUCCCCUGGAGGGCGGCCUGAAUGAAGAUGAACGCCUUCUCCCCAAAGACAAAAAGACCAACUUGUUCAGCGCCUUGAUCAAGAAGAAGAAGAAGACAGCCCCAACCCCUCCCAAACGCAGUAGCUCCUUCCGGGAGAUGGACGGCCAGCCGGAGCGCAGAGGGGCCGGCGAGGAAGAGGGCCGAGACAUCAGCAAUGGGGCGCUGGCUCUCACCCCUUUGGACACAGCUGACCCAGCCAAGUCCCCAAAGCCCAGCAAUGGGGCUGGGGUCCCCAAUGGAGCCCUCCGGGAGUCUGGGGGCUCAGGCUUUCGGUCUCCCCACCUGUGGAAGAAGUCUAGCACGCUGACCAGCAGUCGCCUAGCCACUGGCGAGGAGGAGGGUGGUGGCAGCUCCAGCAAGCGCUUCCUGCGCUCCUGCUCCGCCUCCUGCGUUCCCCACGGGGCCAAGGACACAGAGUGGAGGUCAGUCACGCUGCCUCGGGACUUGCAGUCUACGGGAAGACAGUUUGACUCGUCCACAUUUGGAGGGCACAAAAGUGAGAAGCCGGCUCUGCCUCGGAAGAGGGCAGGGGAGAACAGGUCUGACCAGGUGGCCCGAGGCACAGUAACGCCCCCACCCAGGCUGGUGAAAAAGAACGAGGAAGCUGCUGAUGAGGUCUUCAAAGACAUCAUGGAGUCCAGCCCGGGCUCCAGCCCGCCCAACUUGACUCCAAAACCCCUCCGGCGGCAGGUCAUGAUCGCCCCUGCCUCGGGCCUCCCCCAAAAGGAAGAAGCUGGAAAGGGCAGUGCCUUAGGGACCCCUGCUGCAGCUGAGCCAGUGACCCCCACCAGCAAAGCAGGCUCAGGUACACCAGGAGGCACCAGCAAGGGCCCCGCCGAGGAGUCCAGAAUAAGGAGGCACAAGCACUCCUCUGAGUCACCAGGGAGGGACAAGGGGAAAUUGUCCAGGCUCAAACCUGCCCCACCGCCCCCACCAGCAGCCUCUGCAGGGAAGGCUGGAGGAAAGCCCUCGCAGAGCCCGAGCCAGGAGGCGGCUGGGGAAGCAGGCCUGGGUGCAAAGACAAAAGCCGCCAGUCUGGUUGAUGCUGUGAACAGUGAUGCUGCCAAGCCCAGCCAGCCAGGAGAGGGACUCAAAAAGCCCGUGCUCCCGGCCACUCCAAAGCCACAGUCCACCAAGCCAUCGGGGACCCCCAUCAGCCCAGCCCCCGUUCCCUCCACGUUGCCGUCAGCAUCCUCAGCCCUGGCAGGGGACCAGCCAUCUUCCACUGCCUUUAUCCCUCUCAUAUCAACCCGAGUGUCUCUUCGGAAAACCCGCCAGCCUCCAGAGCGGAUCGCCAGUGGCGCCAUCACCAAGGGCGUGGUCCUAGACAGCACCGAGGCGCUGUGCCUGGCCAUCUCUAGGAACUCAGAGCAGAUGGCCAGCCACAGUGCGGUGCUCGAGGCCGGCAAAAACCUCUACACGUUCUGCGUGAGCUAUGUGGAUUCCAUCCAGCAAAUGAGGAACAAGUUUGCCUUCCGAGAGGCCAUCAACAAACUGGAGAAUAAUCUCCGGGAGCUUCAGAUCUGCCCGGCGACAGCAGGCAGUGGUCCGGCAGCCACUCAGGACUUCAGCAAGCUCCUCAGUUCGGUGAAGGAAAUCAGUGACAUAGUGCAGAGGUAGCAGCAGUCAGGGGUCAGGUGUCAGGCCCGCUGGAGCUGCCUGCAGCACAUGCGGGCUCUCCCAUACCCGUGACAGUGGCUGACAAGGGACCAGUGAGUCAGCACCUUGGCCCAGGAGCUCUGCGCCAGGCAGAGCUGAGGGCCUUGUGGAGUCCAGCUCUACUACCUACGUUUGCACCGCCUGCCCUCCCGCACCUUCCUCCUCCCCACCCGGGCUCCCUUCUCCAUCUCUGUCCUCGAGUUGUAUCUGUGGAGUUCCUGCUCCGUGGACUGCAGUCAGCAUGCCAGGACCCGCCCCGCUCCCACCCGGUGCUCCAGACUGAGCUCUCCAGGCCAGGUGGGAACAGCUGAUGUGGAGUGUCCUUUUCAUUUUUUCUCUCUGGAGCCCUUCCUCCCCUGGCUGGGCUUCUCCUUCCACCUCUCCAAGAAUGGAAGCCUAAACCGAGGCCUUGUGCAUCAGGCCCUCUGCCUGCACUCCCUGACCUUGCCUGUCCUGUGCUGAAGACAUGUUUCAAGAACCACAUUUCGGGAAGGGCACACACAGGCAUGCAUCACGGCUGGUCACUCUGCCCUCCGCUGCUGCCCGGGGCGGGGUGCACUCGCCAUUUCCUCUUGUGCAGGACAGCUCUUGAUUUGGGUGGAAAACAGGGUGCUAAAGCCAACCAGCCUUUGAGUCCUGGGCAGGUGGGAGCUGAAAAGGAUCGAGGCAUGGGGCAUGUGCUUUCCAUCUGUCCUCUCCACAUCCCCAGAGCCCAGCUCUUGCUCUCUUGUGACGUGCACUGUGAAUCCUGGCAAGAAAGCUUGAGUCUCAAGGGUGUCAGGUCACUGUCACUGCCAACAUCCCUCCCCCGACAGAAUGGAGGCAGGGGACAAGGGAGGCAGUGGCUAGUUGGGUGAACAGCUGGUGCCAAAUAGCCCCAGACUGGGCCCAAGCAGGUCUGCAAGGGCCCAGAGUGAACCUUCCUUUCACACAUCUGGGUGCCCUGAAAGGCCCUUCCCCUCCCCCACUCCUCUAAGACAAAGUAGAUCCUUCCAAGGCCCUUUCCUUUGGAACAAGACAGUCUUCACUUUUCUGGAAGCAUUUCAAAGCCCUGCCUCUCUGUAGCCGCCCUGAGAGAGAACAGAGCUGCCACCGGGCACCUGCACACAGGCGGGAGGAAAGGGCCUGGCCAGUGCUGGUCCUGGCUGUACUCUCUAACUGGGCGAAUGUCUUAUUUAAUUACCGUGAGUGACAUAUCCUUAUGUUCUGUGGGGGUCAUCAGGGAGUGUUAGGAAAACCACAGAUGGAGCCCCUGACUGAAAGCCUCGAGUGUUUCACAGAGCACGCCUGCCAUCUUCUCCCCGAGGCUGCCCCAGACUGGAGCCCAGGUACAGGGGCUAUGACUCUGGGCAGGGACCCGGGGUCUCCUGGACCUUGACAGAACAGCUAACUCCAAGAGCAGUGGGCAGGUGGCCGCCCCUGAGGCUUCAUGCUGGGAGAGCCAGGAGGAGCCGCCUUCCCGCCCCCCAUGCUGCCUCGUGCCAGCAGUCUCGCACAGGCCCUAGCUUUAUGCUCAUCACCUAAACUUGUACUUUAUUUUUCUGGUAGAAAUGGUUUUCUCUGGAUCGUUUUAUGCGGUUCUUACAGCACAUCACCUCUUUGCCCCCGACGGCUGUGACGCAGCCUGAGGGAGGCACUAGUCACCGACAGCGGCCUUGAAGACAAAGCAGAGCGCCCACCCAGGUCCCCAGACUGCCUGUUUCCAUGAGGUACUGGUCCCUUCUUUCUGUUAACGUGACGUGCCACUAUAUUUUACACGUAUCUGUUGGUAUGCAUCUUUUAUAGACGCUCUUUUGUAAGUGGCGUGUACACAGCGCCCUGCCCUGCUCCCUCAGAUGCCUGUGGUGGCUCCUCUGCUUCUCUGGGUCCAGUGCAUUUUGUUUCUGUAUAUGAUUCUCUGUGGUUUUUUUUGAAUCCAAAUCUGUCCUCUGUAGUAUUUUUUAAAUAAAUCAGUGUUUACAUUAGAA